AUGGACGAUCCAGUGACGGAGAUCCCAGGUGUGAUCCACGCCUUAACUCAGUCCCGCCCGUCCGUCCAGCGAGAAACAAUCGAGAAAUAUUUCACCCAAGACGCCACCUUCAUCCAUCCAUUCUGCCGAACCCCCCGGUUGCAAGACUCCCGAUGGAUAAUCCUAGCGAUCUACCGCUGGUACAAGGUGCUCUCCCCGCGCAUCGACCUCUCAAUCCAAUCCGUCGGCUACGACGCCCCGAACCUCCGCCUCUACGUGACGGUCCACCAGAUCUUCCGCCUAUGGUUCGUCCCGUUCUACAAGGCGCCGGUGACGUUGGUGACGGUGCUCGAUCUGGCGAAGGUGGAGAAGAAGUAUCGUAUCCAGCAGCAGGAGGACCUGUAUCAGACGGACAAGUUCAUAAGCUUCGUACCACUUUUUCCGGGGGGGUCGCUGGUCGUGAUGGCUUGUCAGUAUUUCGCGGCGCUGUUUUGCGUGGUUGGGGCGAUGGUGCUGCGGCCGUUUACUUGGCUGGCGGAGAAUCGAUAUCCGGGGGGCUGGAAGGGUGUCGCUCUGGAGUGA